CCGCAUCUCCGUCUCUCCUGCACGAUUUCUUCGAAAACAUUGGCCGCCACCGUUCAAGCGGCCCGUACACCGUGCCGCUUUGUUUCCCAUGUCCAGCGACCACGCGUGGAACGAGUCAGAGACGAACGAUACACGCCUCGGCAUGGAGUGGACUCGCGAUAAAACCCUCGAGCUACUGCGCGAGUAUCAACAGAGACGCGUCCUCUGGGACUGGAAUGCUCGCGGCUAUCGGGACCGGACCAAGCGGAAACGUGCCAUCCAAGAGCUCGCCGAGAUACUUUGCUGUAACACGCUCGAAAUCGAGAAGAAGAUCACUAAUCUAAAGUGUCAGUAUUCGAGAGAGGUGCACAAGAUACAAAAUAGUCGAGACGCCGCUACCGGACCCGACGAUGUUUACGUGUCCAAGUGGUUCGCGUUCAAGGCGAUGCAGUUCCUGCAAUUCGGCACACGCAGAUACAGCAAACGGAAGAAGAAAACCGAGGAAGAGACGCCAAAACUGCAAGAGGAGUACAUAGUGAGCGACAUCGAUCCCGAGAGCAUCACCUUCAUAGACUGUAACGAGGAAACGAACGGUUCCGGCACCGGUUCUUUAAACGCCUCGUUGAGCGAGGAUGCGGAGGAAUCAUCGUCGUCGAGUUUGAAAGCGAUGGAGCUUUACAACGGCUCGUCGUUACCGGACCAUUACAAUAGUCCCAUCGGCGAUUUGGACGAGUCUGGGCAAACGAAGGUCGAAACCAGGACGGACGAGCGGAAGAGAACGAAAGAGGAGUUCGCGAAAUUUGCGGAAAGCAUCGCUGUGCAGCUAGCGGAGAUCCCAGACUCUUACUCGAGGUCCGUCGCGAAACUGAGGAUCAAUCAAAUUCUCUUCGAAGCUGAAAUCGGCAUUUACGCGCAAACACGUCGCUAACAAGCGCGACAACAGAGACGCUCUGACUUUAAUCAAUGAUCAAUUGCUGUCCGUACAGCUUUGAUGCUCGAUGAUAAUGAAAUGUUCUGAUGGAGAUAUGGUGAAACGUCCUCGUAAGAUGGGAAAUAUGAAGCUCAAGGUUUCAUCAUGACGAUUAAAAGCCGAUUUAUGGUAUUCGUUUAGGCAUGCGGCAUUCUUUGUCCUUUGAACAAUUACUUUGCGAUGAUAAUUGUUUCACAACUUUUCAGAUAUUACAAAAGAAAAUUGUGAAGUUUUUUUAUACGGACGUGGUCUGUAGAGUACAGAUAUGGCAGUCGUUGAUUUUUAGAAAUUUUUGAGGAUUGGAAAGUUUGAUGGAUUAACAAUCUAAACCUUAGAUUCUAGGGACUUGAUGGCUUGUUUAAAACUUGAAUAUCAAGAAAUUGAUCAAUAUGAAAAUUUAGAGAGUUUAAAAAUUUUCAAGUUUGCAUAUGUGUCCCUGUCCAAAGGAAACCCAGUUGUACCCCAGUGAACGGUUCAAGUAACUACGUUUGGAAGACGUAAACGUACAUACAUUAUUCGCGUAUUGGGUUGAUUAGAAUGUUUUCCUAUUUCCUUCAAAGUUGAUUACCAUAUCGUAUCAUGCGAAACAUUUUCUUUCAAUUGACACAUGUAUGAACGAAUCUGUUAUGCUCUGAUACAAGCUAUUCUAUUUAUAUGACUGUAAUUGAGACCUCAGACGAUCAGUGUAUAUAAAUAUAUUGACAUUAUUUUUCAGCUUUCCAUAUAUUUAUAGUAAAGCAAUAUUGACCACAUUAUUUGUAAAAUAUUUUUGUUAUCAUUUUUAUAUUUGAUGUUAAUAUUCGUGUAUACAUUUUAUUGGCACAGUCUGUACAUAUUGAUCUAUGAAGUAUCCAUAAGAAUAUUUGUUUGAAUGGCGGACACCGCGUGUCUAAACGAAUAAUAUAAAUUGACUUUUAACUGGCUUGUUACCAGCACUCGAACACGUGUUAAUGAUUCAUAAUGAGAAACGUUGAAAUGCAGAAGUAUUUGAAAAUUGAUUAAAUCUGUAUUUAACGAAAAAGCAUCAACGUCAUUAUGAUGUAGGUGCAAGUGCUACGACAUUAUGAAAAUCAUCAGUUAGUGAUCAUUUCGAAAUGCGCGUUUUAAUAGCAUUUCAAAUUUUAUUGUAAAUUCUCAGUUCUUUAUUGGAAAUUCUUCGGAAAGAUAAUACGUACAUUAUUUUUUAUAGGACCACUACAAAUUUAUAUUGCUAUGAUUAAUUUUAUAUUUAAUACGCGUUUAAAAGUUUUACGAAAGUUGUAUAAAUUUCCUGCUAAUUUUAUCUCUUUUAUGCGUUAGAUAAACAAAAUUAGCGAUUGAGAGUGGUAAGAGAAGUUCGGUAUUCAAGAACUUUUAACAAAACGCGUUCAAACGCAUCGAAACAUAAAAUUUCAACGAUAACAUUGUAUAGCGCGACACAAAAAUGGCUGUAAAGUGCGCUGUAAUUUACGCGGUUCGAGUUAUGCCGGGUUCGAGUAUAUAAUUAGCGGAGAAGACGUUUAUUGUGCCGCUCAUUACGAAGCUUCCAAGAAAGCAAAAAAAAAUCGUAUUUAGAAAACUGUUUACACGUAAUGUUAUAUUUUUUCGAUAAUUGUACAAGAUUGAGUUUUCUCCUGGGAGAUAAUCACUUAAGGCCCCAGGAAUAAAAUUCAUUAUUUCCGUAAGUAAAAGUCGACUACGUAUCGUUAGGAUUGCGAAAAAUCAAAAGUAAUAUUAAAUCCUUUUUUAAAAGUAGAAUUUUGCUUGCAAACGUACGCGUAUCUUCGAAAGUUAAUGCGUAUUUUGUAAAAUACGAUCAAAUUGUAUUAUAUUCUAUAGUUUGCAUGAUGAUAAAAUAUAAACGUCUUGCGUUACGGGGCGAACGCUUUCGAAUUAGAAAGACGAAAAAAAGUAAAUUCGCAUUAUAAAUGCCUUGCGUUUAUCAAACAAAAGUGCUCGACACAUGUGUAAUAUUUUUGAACUUGGAUUCAUGAGAAAGACUGUAUUUUAAAUGAAACUGUUUUUCGUGGUCUGGUUUGUCUGGCACGAUAACACCAAUCGAAUAUUUUUUUAAGUGGACUUUCGUCGAUCUUUACGUACAAUCGUCGAAUGAAAUGUUACUCAUAUUCGAUAGAAUAGCGGAUAUGUGAUUUUAGAUGUAAAAAGUAAGCGAAACGUCGUUCGAGUCAGAUUGAAAUGUUCAUAUUGGCGUAACUAGGAAUUAGGGUUUGUUUAUUCUAUUACAUUCUAUUUGUCUAGAAUGUUGGGUGGUUAUACGCGAUCUGACGCGUAGGGAUCAAACAUGUGGCGAUCUGACACACAAAUAUGUAACGUGCGGUAAUCUUAUGCACGACUAAACCUCGGACAAAAAUCUUGCUUACGCCAAUGAACAUUUAUAUCAUGCAAUAAAUCACUUGAUGUUAGAGGAAUAUUAACUUUCUGUUAAAAGUCCAGAAGUAUUAUUUAUUGUGACAAGAAAAUAAUACUGAAUUAAAGAAGUUGCAGACACUCAUUUGACUAUUAUUGAACUUCAAAUUGAUAAAAUAUUGUUGACCAAAUAUUAUUAAUUUCCUCUAACAUUUACUCCUCUUAUGUCACUGAUACAAUCUGUCUCACGAAUAAAAUUAGAUCGUAAACAGUUCAUUGGUAUUGUUUCAGGGCUUUAAAUAGUAGGUCGUAGUAAGCUGUAUAGAUAGCGAACUAUUUUUUAUCAAGAAAAAAUCCCUCCGUAAAAUCGAAGAUAAGUCUUAAACUUGCUUGACUUCCGUUUAAAACAAAUCUACAUAAUGUUUCAUAUCAAUAGACAACAGGUUUUCCAUUAGUAGUUACACAGCGAUGUACGCAAGAAACCGUCAGUCUCCGGUGUAAGUCUUUAUAAUGUAUUCAUUGUUGUUCCUGAUUAUAUGAUAGUUUUAUAUUUUUGUAUUAUUUCUUUUUGAACCAUUUUUGCACUCUGACUUUUUCAAGUAUUGCUCAUUUAGUUACGUCAAUGUUUAUAACUCGAUAUUUAUUAAAAAUUGAAAGUAAUUUACACUAUCAGUGUUCUGUUAAUUGUAGUACUCCUAGAUUUUAAUACUUUUAUUAAAUUAUGAAUGAAUUUCAAAAGCUUUUGACAGCUGUUGAUAUCAAUAAAUCUGUUAACAAAUUUUUAGCCGAUAAGGUAUUAGCACUAAAAUAAUAAUUGCUUUUUUCAUGAAAUAUAUGGAAAAUAGUAACUAGAGUUGAAUAUACCUGGAAGAUAUAUUUGGAAUGUAAAAAGUUCAAAGUUCAAACUCUUGCUUAAUAUUAUUAAGGCAUGUACUUUGGGUACAUUUCAUUUCAAGUCACGAACGUACUAUUUUUGUUUAUCAAAUAUUUCUCUUCGAAUAUCAGUAUUUUUAAUAUUGAAUAAUUAGUAGAAUACAAAAUUGAAAAGUUCAGUGCAUGUUACUAAGUUGUUGAUUUUUUUAUCUCGUUAUAGUCUAUUCGUGUUUCAUAUGUGAGUCUCCAUCAUACACGAUAAUGUAUUGUAAUGUUGAAUUUAACGUUGACAAAAUCGCAGUAUAACUGUUAUUAAAGUUGAUGAUUGAAAGACUAAAAUAAAGAAAAAUGUAAUGUGUGAUUACAAGAUAUUCAAACGCGACAAAUUAACACAAAAAUUGAUGAAAAACGUGUGAAUUAAAUUGGAAAUGUACAAACAUUUUCAACUUGAUAUUCUUUACAGAAGCUGCUGUUAUGCUAUUUUACAUUCUCAUUCUUUGCGAAAUGUUACACAGAUCGGACGACCAAUAAACUUUGCAAAUUUUCAUAUUUUUCAAUUCCUAAGCUCCCAAAUUUUCUAACUUUAUCUAAAUUUGAUUUUUUAAAUUAAAUAUCUUAACUACUCAAAUAUAAAUAUUAACAGUAUUGACAAUAUUGAUCGUCUGAAGUCCUUCUUGUCAAUCUUGAAUUUCAUAGAAACGUAAUUGUGAUUCUACGCGAAAGAAAAUUGACGAUUGAAAGCGUGGAUUAAAAUAUUGUAAGAUAAUUCGUUAUACGGGUUAAUAUGCCAGAGUUAAACUGCGAUCACUGCCUUGAUAUCCCUCGUCUGAAUUUCUCUUCCCUUAGAUAGCGAUUACAAUAUUAAUCCUAGCGUAUCGAUAAGUAUGAUUAAGUUCACUAGUGUAAAAAUUCGUUGUAAAAAGAACAUAGUGGUAAGAUUAUCUAAUUGUAAGUUCAAGAGAAAUCAAGGUGGUUGUUAAAGAAAUUAAUGUUACCGUGUACUUAUGGUUUCCUUCUCAUGAAUUUUGUAAAACUUUUGUAUGUACAUUUGUUUGUUUCCGAAACAAAGAACAUUGGAAUAACUUUGUUAGCUUUAUAUUUGUUACGUUAGAAUUAAUUUUUAAGAAUUAAGAUAAGGAAAGUUCGGUUGAACCCAAAAAUAAAGACUUUACGGAAGUUAUAUUUACACAGACACAAAAAACAAUUCUUUCUUAUGAUAAACUGUCAGAAUUCUUUAUACUAUUUCUUUUUUGUAACAUUUACAGCGUAUCAACGUGCGUUUAACAUUGUAUACUUCUGUUCAAUAAAAUGAUUAGGAAUAAGCGUUC